AUGCCGCCAGACUCUGGAGGGACUGUGAAUUCGUCGGAAUCGACCUCGUCCCGCUUCACCCCGAUCUGUCCCUUCUGCGCUCAUCCGAUCUGUCUUCCCGCAUCACAUGGGUUCAGGUCAACUGGUGAUCAUCCUCUCAUUUCCGCAUGUCUCCCCUUUCCAAACGAGGAGUUUGAUUAUGUACACAUCAAACGGAUCGCUCAUGGCAUUCCAGAGGACAAGUGGGAUGCUCUCCUGGAAGAAAUCACCCGGGUGAUGAAACCAGGCGCUGCCUUCGAGAUGAUCGAAGAGGACUUGUUUUUCCCGGGCAAGACCGACUCACCAUCUCCCUCCAGACCUCCUUCCCCGCCAUACCUCCCGACGCCACCCCGGUCGUCCGAGGGCCAUGCCGCCUCCGAACGCCCGCCUAUCCAGACGUGUCACUCCAGCCCUGUGCACUCGACCUCCCUCUCCACGCUUUCCACCUUUGCGACUUCCGCGUCGUCGUUCCAGAUGCCCAACACUCCCGCCUCCUCCGUUGCGUCCCCCACGCUCUCACCGUCGGGCUUGCCGUCUGUUCCCCAAGGUAUCGAACCCCCGCCACACAUCGCCUCGAAUCCGCCGUUUUCUCCCUUCCUGUUGCGUUCUGUGCCCAAGAUACCCGCCAACCCGCGUGACCACUCACUGCUCGAGUAUAUUUAUACAGAAAUGCACGCUGCGAGAUUCAUCAACCUCUCUCCGCUCUCGUUGUUGGCCAACUCCCUCCCGUUGUAUUUCAAAGAUGUACGGACCCACUCGCCGAUCAUGUUUAUGUUUCCACCACCCUCUUCAACCCACCCAACGAAGCGCUCAUCUGUACGUCCCUUGGGCGACACCUCCGAUAGCGACUUCGACUCGGACGAUUCCGAUGCGUACAGUUUCCUCUCUCAUACCUCGCGCGACACCCCUCGACCGCACCCGCUUCCGCCUUCGUUCGGCCUCGCAUCUUCCUCUUCGCUUGCGUCCGCGCCCACGCCCCGCGCGACGAUGACGUUCUUGACCGUGUCCAGGGAUCGGAGCCCCGCUACGUCGCCGCACCGGUCACCCACCGGGUCCCCACAGCAGCUGAAGCUGAAGUUCCCUCGGGGGCGACCGAGCAUGAAGCUUACGUCGACGCAUAUCAACGGACGUGAGAUUCUGAACCACGUGCAGCACUACGUCGUCCUCGAUAACACCCGUGCAUCCGCGUUCGCUCCGGUGCAGCACAAGGCCGCACUGGAUUCCGUGCUGAGCGUGACGUCCUCACACUCGCGCACGGCGACGCAGUCGCACGUCCCCGUCCCCGUCCUCGCCCCCUCGUCCGCGCCGCCCUUGCCGCCCUUGCCGCGCACAUCGUUCGACGCCACGCCCACACAAGGGCAGCUCUCGGACCAGCAAUACAAGUUUGCUUCGCUGCGCGCAAAUCAGCUACCAAAUCGGCGGCUGGACUUUGACCUGAAGAGCCUGAACCUGCACCUCUCGACGCGCGUGUCGGAAAUCGUCGCGUGCGCGGAGAACAUGUGGGAGUGGGUUGAGAAUUUCCAGCAGCGCGCGCGGGUACGGGAGAAGGCGCGCGCGCGAGCGUGCGAGGCCGCUUCGGAAGGAGAGCGGAAGCGAUCCUCGGGGUCUGGGGCGGGGUCGGUGCCGACGGGGCCAGGGGUGGAGACAGAAGAUGGGUGGAUGAAGAGGGAGCUAUUGAGCAUGUCGCGCGUGGAGUUCGACGACCUGGUGACUCGGUUCGAGCUAGACAUGCACGAUAGCAUGUCGCUCGACUCGCGCAUUCACGCGGCGUUCCACUGGCCGCUGCCCGAGAUGGAGCUCACGCAGGAGCGCAAGGACUUUGAGCAAGCGUGUACGAAAUGGGACGAGUACCAGGAGCAACAGCGCGCACAGCGGCGGGCGCGCCGCAAAGACCGCGGGCGCGCACCCCCGCUGCCGUCGUCGCCGUCUUUGACUGCGCGGGGACGCACGAGCAGCCGGACGGGUGCGGCGUUUGGGGUUGGCGAGAACGGUGAGGGAGGGGGGUCAGAGACGGAGGUUGCGCCGCCGUCGCAGCGGUUGAGCCGGACGAUACGCGUGUUCUGCGCGUGGAAGCCGUGA